GCUGCCAUCUGUAUAAAAUGGUUAUAAAAAGAUUGAGCAAAAGCAUGGUGCGAAACUAUCUGUCAAAUCAUUUGACACUCAUUUGAAAAUUGUGGCAGUAUUGUGAGCCCCUUUGUUAUUUUGUAUUUGCUAGCGCGCUGUUUCGCGAUUUGUGCAUUUAAUAAUUUUACAUUUUAAUUUUUGUCGAAAGCAUGAAUAGAAGAUUGCCACUGAGAAAGGUAAAAAAAUGGACCCAGGAUGAAAUAAGUAAAAUAAUCGACUAUAUGAUAGAAAAUGGAAAUAUAGAAAAACCAACCGCACGAGCUUACUAUGAAACAUUCCUCAAAAUUUCGCCAAUAGAUGCAUCAUGGGACUUAAUCAAAUGGAAGGUCCGCUAUUUGCGAACAAUUUACACUAAAACGGAGCAAUGGAUAAACUCCACAGAAGCCAGUAUAUUGGAUAACGACGAAUUUGAUGCUAAGUUGACAAAAAUGUGUCCAAAUUAUUACCGUUUACAAAAGAUAUUUGGCGAGAAAAGAGCAGAAAUUAUCGAGAUACUGGAUUCUAAUAGCUCAUUUGCAGACUGUUAUGAUGAAUACGACGAGAACACCCAAUUCACAGAGGACAUAAAAGUUUUUGAAGAUUAUAAUGAAAUGUCCAAUUUUUGCCCUGAAGGAUUUAUAGAACGCGCAAAUAGUACUAAGAAUUCACAUUUCGAAGAUCUCGAACAAAGUGAAAGCACACAAAUUUCAACACCGCAUUCCAUUUUAGUUCCGGAGAUUUCAAUAAACGAACCGGGGUCCACAGAAACUGUUCAAACUGCACCAGAUCUCGAUGCAGAUGCAGCAAUUGCAAAGAAAUUAAAAAAGGAAUCUCUCAGACAAUCUCUUUCCGCUCUGAGUCAAAGUCAAGAAGGUCGUAAUGAAACACAACGCUUGCGGCUUAAAUUUGAAGAGUACAAGUUUGCACAGGAAUUUGCCUUUAUCAAGGAGAAAUUUCAAGCAGAACAAGAGCUAAAAAAGCAAGAGAUUGAAUUAAAAAGAAUGGAAAUAGAAAGUAAUGAAAAGCUGCGAAUAUUAGAAAUGGAAAAAAAUGAACGUAUUGCAAGAUAUGAGCUAAAUUUGCAAUAUAACGGGCAGGGCCGUUACUCAAGUAAUUUGCAUGAAGAUUUGCGUUUAUGAAGAUGCGUGGGAAUACACUUUAAUAGUAGUUUGCCUUAGACUGCAUACAUAGGCAUGGAUGUAUAUGUCGAUACCAAUGCGAAGGGCUGUAAUAGGCAUUUUUCGAGAUAAAUUCUUAUAUUUAGUCCUUUAUAUUUUUUUUUCCAAAUAUGCCUCCGUGCUAAAAGUCAUGGUGACAUCUUCCAAAUACAAGCUUUAUUAGAAUAAUUCUGAGGGCAUUUUUUAUGUUUAUUUAAUCAGUUCACUGCUUUUGCUAUGAAACUUUGCAUUAAGGGUAUUUUGCAUUGGUGGCGACAAUACAUCCUACCCAUUUAAUAUUACAAUUGCGAUAAGUAUACACAAAUAUACCUACAUAUCGUGAUCUGAAAUGCAAAAAGAUGUAACAACAUCGUAACUGAAAUGGAAAAAGUCGUGAGUAAUAUUUUUAUUUAUGUGGCAGUUGUUAUUCGAUGAAAUCCUUCAUAUCAAUCAAAAACUGAAUUUUGAAUUUUUUAGAAGUUAGGACAUUUUGUAUUUCAGCGACGAUGCUUGUUACGUCUUUUCAAGGCGCAAUAAUUCCACCAUGACGUAUUUUUGCACUUCAGGUGACGAUAUGUACUUGGUAUUUAAAAGAUUUUUUUUUUAAUAUGCACUACAAAUUUUGUUAAAGAAACAACCAAAAAUAUGAAAAUUUAUUAAAUGGGUCAAAAUUUAAUUAUAUAUAUAUAUAUAUAUAUAUUGCAUAUUGUUGAUUUGCUCUGGUUAUUACUUUUUACUUAUACACAACUAUUAAAAAUAUCUGCCCAUUUUUGACANGUCUUAUUCGCAA